GACAUAGUUUUAUGAAUUUACUCGUUAAAAUAAUAUGUUCAUAAUGAGUUUAUAAUGUUUGGUUAUUUUAUAAACUUUAUUGUAAAAGUAAAUGCGCGUUUUAAGUGAUUAAAAACUCAAGAUAAUAUGGAAGUUGCUCAGAUGUCUACUUAUUCACCGAAUCAACAUUCACCAUACUAUUCUUCUCGAGAUUUAAAUGCAGAUAGCGAGUUAGUGACAUUACAUCCAUUAAUUAUUGGGAAACAUAUUGUUGUUUGUAUGCCAGAAGUUAAUAAAGUAUUACGAAAUGUUUAUCAAGUACUUUCUCAAGCUAAUUACUAUCUUUCAAAACAUGGCAUUAGCUCGCGAAGAUAUUCUGGUGCUCAACUGAUUCGUAUAAAAAUGCUUGGAAUUUUGGGUCAUGAUGCUAAAGUGUGCUCAUAUAUUCUUCAAGAAGAUGCUGAGAUGGUUUUUGAUAGUUUUGAUUUAACAGGGAAUAGUAGAAAAAGUUCUAAAAUAGUUUGGAUGGAUCCAGUUCUUUUGGAUGAAAAACCAAUGCCUAGUCCUCCUUCUAAACCAUGUGAGAUGAGAUCUUCUGAAGUAAUCCAGGAAUUUCCAAUUAAAGUUCAUCAAUUUCGUCUUGGUGAUGAUAUAAUUGUUUGUACACCUGAUGUACAAAAAGUUAUUCAAGUUACGUUUAACCAAGGAGCUGCAGGUUAUUACUUUUCCAAGCUUGGGAUAGUACCUUAUAAGUUUGUACAUUCUGCGCAUCUUGAUAAAAUUAAAGAGUUGCACAUAAUUAAAAGAUCUGCUGUUCAUUGUACAUAUGUUAUGAAAGAAGAUGCAUUAAAAGUUUUUGAUGCGUAUGGAAUGUCUUGUGAUGAGGUUGAAGAAAAAGUGAAGUUUUUAGAAGUAAUUGAUCUUGCAUUAGCAACUCCUUCUUGGAAACCUGUCAAAAUAAAGAAUGAAAGUCCAAACUCUAGUAUAAUAAAUGCUACACGUGAGAAUUCAAUUAGUCCAAGAAAUUCAACAUCUCCAAAACAACAACUCUUUUCGCCUGCAGAUACAGAAUUUGAAAUGCCUUUAGAUGAUGAUGGGGAAAUUCCUUUGUUUCAAGAUAAUGAUAUGGUUGUUCAUGUUUUUAUGGUAGAAAACGAAGAAGUUGUAUGUAUGCCUGACAUUCAUAAAAUUGUUCAAAGCAUCCAUGGAAACUCGAUUCAAGUUAAUUAUUACUUUAACAAACUUAAAGUUCACAAAAAAAGAUUUUGUUUUGCCCAUUUAAGAGAGUUAAAAAGUAGAAACAUUUUACAAAAUAAUGCAACAUAUUGCACUUAUGUACCAAGAGCAGAUGCUGAAAAAUUAUUCCAAAUUUAUUGUUUAGCAGGUGAUCCUAAACUUAGUGAAAUUACAUAUACAGAAACAAUAAAUUUAGACAGUAAAUUCAGUUCUGAAGAUUUAUGUGAUGAGAAUUCUUCAAGAAAUCCAGAUGACAAAGUAACUAUCCAUACUUUUGAUUUAGAUGGAAAUGUUGUUAUAACUACUCCAGAUGUACAUAAAUUAGUUGAUUUUUUAGAAGAACAGAGUGCCUCAUUAGACUAUCAUUUUCGAAAACUUGGAAUCAUAAAAUAUAGAUUUACAUAUUCUCAAUUGCAUCAAUUGCGGAGAUUAAAUGUGAUUAAAAGACCUACUGUUUGUACAUUCAUUAAUAAAACAGAUGUUAUGAGACUUCUUAGUAUGUAUGAAACAGAAAGAAACAGACAAAAAAUUAAAAACAUUGAUUUUCUUGAACCUAUUGUUCUUGCCCCAGGUAAAAACCAGCCAAGUAAGUCAAAGUUUGAUUUUGAUAACAGUUAUGAAACUCAGGAGUAUCAAUCGCCUUCAUCAAGGCAACAUUCUCCUUCAUUUGUUGAACCCCCAAAUACAACACAGCUCUCUAAGGGAGAAAUAUUAAGUCCUACUACCACUGCUAUGCAUCAUAUUCAAAAAAUUCAUCCCUCUAUAGAUUGCCCUAUCGUUAUACCAAAUGGUGAUUAUGAUCCUGGUAAAAUUUUAGCAGCAUCUGCAAGAUCUAUGCACAACGGUAAACGUUUUCACGACGACGAUGAUAACAAUGAAGUUGAUGUCUACAAAAAAUAUAAAUAUAAUGGCUAUCCUAGACAUGAAGAUCUUAUGAAAGACUUAAAUAGAAAAGAAAUUGAGUUGAGGAUACUUCAUGAUGGAUACCAACGCGAAAUAGAUGAAGAACAAAAUCGUCGACUACACAUUGAGAGAAAGUUUAAAGAAGCUGCCAAGUUUCAUAAAGAAGAAAUUGAAAACAUGAAGCAAAAACAGCAAGAACUUCUAAACGAAAUAUCAACACUUAGAGAAGAACUUCAAAACGAGCGUCUCAUACGUGAAAGUUUACAAAAAGAAUCGUUAUCAGAAAAUCGCUAGACUUUUGAAAAGAUUCGUUGACUCAAAUUCUGCUCUUUUAUAUGUAUAAACUAUGCUAAGUUUGAUAUCGAUAAAAUACAGUUUUUAAAAACGAAAAGCGACCUUAGCUAUUAUGUCUAUGACAUUUUUAAAGGAAAAUUUCUUAUUGAAUGAUUAUUUUGUACUUUUUAAGUUGUUUAUAAAAGAAGAAUAAAACGAUAUUGUUUGAAGUCUAAAAAAA